UGUUCUUGUUGGGACAAAGAGGAGACAUGGAGACUUCUUGUUUGCCAUGCAAAAAUAAAGCAAAGAUUAAUUUGGCCCUCUACUCUGGAUGGAUUGUUCUUCUUUUCUUCAUCAUCUUCUUCUUUUGUAUUCUUUACUUCACUAACUCUCCACUUAUCAGCAAAUCCACUUCAAGUAUAACAAACAUGGCGACCGUAACUCAACAAGCACUCACAUACCCACAAACCAUCAUCCCCUUCACUUGCAACAACAUGACCAACUUGGCAUGUUCUUCAUCUAAAAUACCAAUACCACCCCACACACUCCCUCCAUCAUCUUCAUGCCCUGAAUACUUCCGUUGGAUCCAUGAAGACCUCGGUCCUUGGGCUCUAACUGGCAUCACUCAAGAAGCCGUCAUGCGUGCCCGGGACCGUGCCACAUUCCGGCUCAUCAUCUUAAAUGGCCGUGUAUACUUUGAAAAGUUAAAAUAUAUAUUCCAAACUCGUGAUGUCUUCACAGUGUGGGGCAUUCUUCAGCUUAUACGUCGUUAUCCAGGCCGUGUCCCUGACCUUGAUAUCAUGUUCAACUGCGAAGACCCUCCGAUGAUCAAGAAGGCGGACUAUAUUGCCGUCGGUUCACCGAUUCCUCCACCGCUCUUUCGGUACUGCAAAGAUGGCACAACAUUGGACAUAGUGUUUCCUGACUGGUCAUUUUGGGGCUGGGCUGAGAUCAAUAUAAAAUCUUGGGAAAGAGCUUUGAAAGAAAUCAAAGAAGGGAAUAAGAGAACCAAAUGGGUUGAUAGAGAACCAUAUGCUUUUUGGAAGGGUAAUCCCACCGUCGCCGGAACUCGGGUAGAUCUUCUCAGGUGCAAUGUCUCUAAAGACCAUGAAUGGAAUGCCAGGGUUUAUGUGAAUGACUGGUUCAAAGAGAUUCGUACAAAUUUCAAGGAAUCAAACCUGGAAGACCAGUGCACUCACAGGUACAAAAUAUACAUUGAAGGAGGAGCAUGGUCAGUGAGUGAGAAAUUUAUACUCGCAUGUGAUUCACCGACGUUGUUUGUGAACACUCGUUUUGAUGACUUUUUGUCAAGAGCUCUGAUACCAGGAACACAUUACUGGCCAAUCAGGGACAAUGACAAGUGUAGGUCUAUCAAGUUUGCUGUGGACUGGGGAAAUUCUCACCAAAAGGAGGCACAAGAAAUUGGGAAGAAGGCAAGCAAGUUCAUGCAAGAAGAAAUGAGCAUGGACAAUGUAUAUGACUACAUGUUACACUUGUUAAUAGAAUACUCAAAGCUGUUGAAAUACAAGCCAGUUGUGCCUGAGGGUGCAGUUGAGUAUUGCUCUGAGAGCAUGGCUUGUCCUAGUACAGGAAGGCAUAAGAUAAACAUGAUGGGCUCAUUGGUGAACACUACUCAUUACAAGGGACCAUGUAGUUUGCCUCCUCCUUAUGAUCCAGGGGAGUUUCAGCAGUAUAAGAGGAUGAUUGCUAGCUCUAGAAAGCAAAUAGAGGACUUGGAAGAGGAAGCAUGGAAAAAACACUAAGUAAAAUAAAUGGAAAAUGAGAGUUACAUGAAAGAUUGAAGAUAUUAUGUUACUUGAGAAUAUGUUGUUGUUAAACUAGCCAAAUAUUUUUAUUUUUAUUUUUUAUAAAAGUUAGAAUUUAUCACCCUAUAAUAUGAGCAUUGGUAUUUUAUU